AUGUAUCACAGUAACUUUUAAUACUAAAGACGAGCGAAACAAGGCAAAAGACUGAGAAGUACAGAUUGAACAUGUUCCUUAAAAUUAUAAUUAUUUUGUCUACAGCAGCCUGCGUCGCAGCUGAAAGAAGUCAUACACUUUGUUACACCUAUGGAUGCUUUGACUCAAGUGAUACUCAGAUCUGUGCAGCAUUCGAUGGUGAUGAAGUAUACUAUGCAGACUUUAAAAAAGAUGAGCUGAUUUGGGAGAGCAAAAUUCACACAAGUUUCCGUCGACCCGACGCCUACGAAUUUGCACUAUUCUGUCGAAGUCUAUGCAGAAAUGAGAUCCACAGCUGGAAGCCAGACAAGUCUGUAAUAAAGAAGAAAGAACCACCAGAAUUCAUCAUCUACCCCAGAGAUGAAGUGAUAACAGGGGAAGAUAAUACCCUCAUCUGCCUCAUCAACCACUUCUUUCCUCCUUCGAUCAACAUUAAGUGGACCAAGAAUGAUGUAGAAGUAACAGUGGAAGACCCUUUCAUCAAAACUUUGUCCAAUCCUGAUGGGACCGCUUAUGUUUUGUCCUACCUCAACUUUGUGCCAGAGAAAGGAGACAUCUACAGUUGCACUGUGGAACAUGAAGCGCUGAAGGAGCCUCAGACCAGGUUUUGGGAGGUUGAAACAGAUGAGAUCAGCAAAGGUCCAGCUGUCUUCUGUGGACUUGGCCUGAGUCUUGGAUUGCUUGGAGUUUUCAUAGGAACCUACUUUUUUUUUAAAGCAGGGCACUCUGGUCCCGCUGGUUGAGAUGUAUACUACAUAUUGUAUAGAGCUCAGAUUGCAUAGUCCUUAGUUUGUUUCCCAGUGCGCAUAACUUUCAUCUGUGGUUACUGACAAACCUGAACUGUCUCUUAUUUGCAUCACUUAUGUAAUGGCUGUAUACUGUAUGUUUCAUUGGCUUUUUAAAGUUCAUUAAUAAAUUAAAAAAAUAUUUUCACUGUCAUUAUGUUUUGUAUAAGUUAGCAUCACUAUUAUAUGCUGUGUUAAAAUUACCAGUGGUGAUUGACAGUUUUCAUUAUGAACGCACUAGUCCCACAGAUUUGAGUCUUUCUACAAAAAAAAUUGUUAUAAAACGUGUCUUGAUGCAUGUUCAAUCAUCCCAGUAAGUAAAUCGUUAAAUGUUGAUUCUGUUCAUCAGAACGUAGCUUUUUCAGUGGGAGAAACGCUUUAUUGCUCAUCCAAGUGAGUUAUUCAGUCUCAGCUGACUGCAGGUUUCCCAACCUUAUAAACAGUACAUUGCACAAUAUCUGAAACCACCCCAUUGAAUGAACAAUGGGCUGUGAGGU